AUGGUGAUGCUGAGCAAGGGCAAGGAAACAGCGAACAAAGGCGAGGAUGAGGGUGCUAUGGCCGAGAGGGACUCGCUGGUGAAGAAGGAAGCACGGGAACAGGAAGUAGAAGUAGAAGUAGAAGGAGAAGAAGAUAAGUCACGUGACAAACACAGUGGUAGCGACAGUAACAGCAGUAGCAGCAGCAGCAGCAGCAGCAAGGUAAUUGGCAAUGGGCGGACGAAGGAGGACGGUGUUGUCAAGAAGAGACGCAAGAACCAUGGGGUUGCGUGCUGUUUCUGCAAGAAACGGCGGAAAAGGUGCGACGGUGGGUUCCCACGGUGUGGAGCGUGCGUGAAUGCUGGUAUUCCGUGUACGUUUGUGGACAGUGUUACUGGACGAGAGUUACCACGGGAUUAUAUCGAGAAGCUGGAGGCCAAGGUGGCCAGGCUUGAGUCUGAGGGUGAGAGGCGGGAUCAAAGUCCAAGGCAGAAUGUCGAACUUCUCAUCCCAAAGCUGUUCACCAAGACAUAUUGGCACGUUAAUAACGUACCGUCGUUUGGGAUUGGAACUGGGUCUACAGGAGGAGCAGCAAACCCGAAACCGAGUUAUGAAACGGGACACAAGCUUCUGGAAUUGUAUAAGGAUCGAGUUCAACGGCGGUACCCUUUUUUGGACUGGCCGUGGGUGCUAGAAUGCUUCAAGAAAGUGUUCCAACAAGAGACUGUCGAAGCAGAGGCUACUACAUUUGUGUACUUGAUUCUAGCGAUAGCAGCAGAGAUGAGCGAGGUUCCAGAGGAGAGAAACAGCGCUUCCAAGUUCUAUUCAAUUGCCCUUGAACACGGGUACUCGACACUGGAUGGUAAUAGCGUCCGUAGCGUGCAAUUGUGUCUCUUGUUGACGAUUCGGUUACUAGUGAAGCCCACUGACAAGCUGGAUGAGAGCUACGAUAAAUUAUGGCAUCUAGCUGGCGUAACGGUACGAACAGCAGUUGCUCUGGAUUUACACAGAAAACUGGGCUCCCCCAGAGGGAUGGUGGAUGGCUUGGAGCAACAUGUGUUGCAGAAUUUGAGGUCUACCGUAUUUUGGUGCGCAUAUAGCAUUGAAAGAUUGAUAGCGAUGACCGUUGGGAGGCCUUUUUGCAUCUCUGAUGUGGAUAUUGACGCACCGUUGCCCGAAGAAGAGCCUGAAGAAGAAGAAGAAGCGCAGCAGGAGGGUGGAAAAGCGCCUUCUUCUUCCAAUUCCGGUGUCAUUCAGAUGUUCAAGCUCCGAAGGAUCCAGUCUUCCAUUUGUAUGUGCGUGUUUGGCCCCAGAAAGUUUCUGGAUAACGAAGACGAGGUUAACCAGACCAGACAACAGAUACUGCUGGAGCUGGGAGAGUGGAAAAAUGCUGUCCCAAACACAAAAGAUUUGAAUAAAUGGGCUAGGAUAAGCUACCAUCAAUCGGUCAUAUGGCUUCUAAGACCAGUGCUUUUGCAGAUAGAACAAAACACGCUAACGAACGAGGCUGUCGAAUGGUUCCAAGUGCUUCGCAAUUCGGCUUCCGAAAUUAGCUCAUGCUACAACGAUGUACUGUGCCCAUCACUACUGCCGUUGUCAAACAACCUCGAUCCGCUAACAACAGUGCAUUCGUUGUUCGUCGCCGGUGUCACUUAUAUGUAUUGCAUUUGGCUGGACAGGAAGUUGAAAUUGACCCCAAGCAAAAAUCAACUGCACGACCUCGAAAUAUCAAUAGCGGUAAUCAAGCUAUACGAGCGCAUGUUGCUGAAUUUGGCCGAACAGUUCCCUAUUGCCAUCAUGCAGAAAGAAAUCUUCAUGCUCCUAUCGGAAAGAAUCUUAGAGAGUAUAUCUGGAAAUGCCGAUUCUGUUUCUGGAACAGGAACCACGCUAACCAUAGGAACUUCAACGCUGGUCAACGAUCCAAAUAGUGACUGUGAGAGCAACUCAUCUAUCCAGAGUUUCGUGAAACCACUCAACAACAGAAAACUGUCACUAAACUCGAUAAAAGAAUCACACUUGUAUUCUUUUAAACAUCUCAACGGCGACACAAUACUAAGAACACUGCUUUGUGAUCUACUUGAACAGCUGAUAUGA